UAGCAAAGCUAAGCUUCUUCUCGCAUCAUUCCAGCAGGACAUCGUCGUCAUCACAUUGUGAAGUCGAGCUCUCGAUCGAGCAGCCAUGGAGAACCACCACCACAGCCAGCAGCAGCAGCCGGCCGCUCCGGCGGCGGCGGCCGCCACCCCGCAGUACCGGGGCGUGCGGCGGCGGAAGUGGGGCAAGUGGGUGUCGGAGAUCCGGCAGCCGGGCACCAAGGUCCGCGUCUGGCUCGGCAGCUUCGACUCCGCCGAGGCCGCCGCCGUGGCGCACGACGUGGCGGCGCUGUGCCUGCGCGGCCCGCGGGACGCGCAGCUCAACUUCCCGGGCUCCGCGGGCUGGCUGCCACGCCCCGCAAGCACCGACCCGGCCGACAUCCGCGCGGCCGCGGCGGAGGCGGCCGAGCGCGUGCGCCGCGAGCCGGCGCUCGUCGCCGCAGCCGCCGCCGAGCCCGGCCGUGCGCCCCCUGGGAGUCGCCUCGACGACCUGGCCGUGGGCGGCGAGUUCGACGACGACCUGGAGUCGUCACCCCGGCUGUGGACGGAGAUGGCCGAGGCCAUGCUGCUGGACCCGCCCAAGUGGGGCCCGGAUGGCAGCGACGGCUCCGAGGCCUCCGGCUCCCAGCAUUGGCCCCAGGGGUCCCUGUGGGAUGCAUGCUAGGUGGCUGCCACGUAAUCAGUCUCUGCUGCAAAUGGCCUCAUAUGUCCACGUGGCGCUUCCUCCGCUGCUAAUCUUUCUCGUGGAUUUGCAUCGUCAUUCAGGUCGAUGAAUGCUAUUGUAUUGUAGUAAUGAUGAAUGCUAUGGUUGAUCGAUCUUUGUUUCAGAAUGCGCUGAGCAUAUUUUCAGGAUCAGAGGAGACGGGCGUGAGCAAGCGGAUCAUCGAUCGAUCAGCAAAUAUGUGGUCUGUGUAGCAUAUAACAACUUGAAUAUAUCAAAAAAUUUCAUUCACUUUGCUGUAUUUCAUAUUUCCGAAAAAAAUGUGCCACUGAUUAUAUAUAUAAAUUAAUA